AGAAAGGAAGAAAAAUACUCUGUUAUUCUCCGCCACAGUCUCCAAGAAGAAGAACAGGAAAGAGUUAGAGAAAAAUGGCAGAAACUGAAUCAAAAUCAAUAGCAGUAGAAUCAUCAUCAGAUAAUCGAGGACCCUUUUCGGUGAUUCAAGAGAUUAUAGCAAAUUUCUUAUCUCAAGUCAAUAACAAUAAUAAGAAAGGUGAAGAAGUUGUUGUAGUUAGUGAAGUGAUCAAAAAGAAUGAAACUAAGGAAAGCCCCCCAGAUGUUGUUAAGUUUCCUGAUAGUCGUCAAGAUUAUUCGGGGUUGAAGUUGACUGUUGAAGAGGUUGAACCACAACAAGAAAGUGGUGGGAAUAAUAUGUGGCAGGUGUAUGCACUGGGAGGUUUCAUGCUCCUGAGGUGGGGAUGGGCUAAAUGGAAGGAAGCACAGGCCAACAAGAAUGAUAAACCUGACUCUGGAGCCGAAGAUGCAUCCCCAACACAUGACCCAUAGGUUUAUAGUCUUUUAGAGAGAAUCAGAAAUAUGUUUUUACACCAAAACAAAUUAGAAGUUCGUUUCUUUUCUCUCUGUUCACUUGGAUCUCAUUGUUGAUAAGAAGCUUUUGAUUUUGUCAAAUACUGAAAUGAUUUCAACAAUCAAAAGAAAUUGUUGAAAAGAUAUUCUUCAUUUCUUAAUCAAUACUUCUUCUUCAUUCUUCAAAA